CAACUAGCAGCUAGCUGUAAGCUAACAUUAGCGUGCCGGUGAGCUAAACGGCAGGGUAUUGUUUAUUCCGCUCGUACUAAUACCAGAAUAAAGCACAGUUAUAGUUCGGCUGUAACUUUUAAAACAGCAGCAAGUCGUUCUUACCGGUGUUUGUCUCCGCUAUCAGGGAAAAAUGACUUCUGCACUGUCUGAUCCAACCCUAGAGAGACAUUUUAAGGGCCACAGAGACACUGUGACAAGUGUGGACUUCAGCUGCAACAUGAAGCAGAUCGCCACGGGUUCUAUGGACUCGUGUGUGAUGAUCUGGAACAUGAAGCCUCAGAUGCGAGCGUAUCGCUUUGAUGGACACAAAGAUGCCGUCACUUCAGUUCAUUUUUCUCCCUCUGGCCACCUGGUGGCCUCCGCUUCCAGAGACAAGACUGUACGUCUCUGGGUGCCCAGCAUGAAGGCUGAGUCAACAGUAUUCAGAGCUCACACUGCAACCGUGCGCAGCGUUAACUUUUCUGGGGACGGACAGACUCUGGUCACUGCUUCUGACGACAAGACCAUCAAAGUGUGGACCGUCCACAGGCAAAAGUUCCUCUUCUCUCUCAACCAGCACAUCAACUGGGUUCGCUGUGCCAAGUUUUCUCCAGACAAUCGUUUGAUUGUGUCAUCCAGUGAUGAUAAGACUAUAAAACUGUGGGACAAGAACAGCAGAGAGUGUAUUCAUUCUUUCUAUGAGCAUGCAGGUUAUGCAAACUAUGUGGACUUUCAUCCCAGUGGAACAUGCAUUGCUGCAGCCAGCACAGACAACUCUGUCAAGGUUUGGGACAUCAGAUCCCAUAAGAUGCUACAGCAUUACCAAGUCCACAGUGGUGUGGUGAACAGUUUGUCUUUUCACCCAGCUGGCAAUUUCCUAAUCACUGCAUCCAGCGAUUCCACAAUGAAAAUACUGGACCUUGUAGAGGGCAAACUGCUGUACACACUGCAUGGACACCAGGGUCCAGUCACCUGUGUGGCCUUCUCUAGGACAGGUGAAUACUUUUCCUCUGGAGGCUCUGACGAACAGGUAAUGGUGUGGAAGAGCAACUUUGACAGUGCUGAAGGCAGCGGCGGUGUCAGACUGCAACAUAAAACAUCCUCCAGCCUGCAGACGCCACCAGCCAGCUCCACAGCUCGCUUCCCCCUUAACUCACAUCCAUCUGUGCUUCAUAGCCAGACUUCUGAACCAGCAGAGCAUUUUCACAGACAGGACUCUCAAAGUGCUGCCCACACUCAGAGCUGCAGUCGUAGUGGCAGCCACAGCAGAGCAAAUCAUUCCCACACCUACAAAACCCCCAGUAUCAGUUCCUCCUCUACACACCGGACACAAGGUUUGCAGCAACAGCCACGCCAGGAAGAAUCACAGUCCCAUGCUUCAGAUGGAGGGGUCCCCCCUGGUCUAGCAAACGCCCUCGAACACAUCAUAGGUCAACUGGAUAUUCUCACCCAGACGGUUUCAAUCUUGGAGCAGCGGCUGACGCUGACAGAGGACAAGCUCAAGGAGUGUUUGGAGAACCAAAUGGAGAUCGGUUUACAUCUCCAGAGGAGAGAGGAGCCUUAAAGAUGGCGGCAUCAGAGAGAGUGUGAGCUGCGCUGUGGUGUGGGGGGAAAACAUGAUCACAUCAACACCAUAGACAGGAGUUUACGCAUUGAGUUGCUGUUAAAAAUAUGAGGUUUCAGUCACACAUUCACACAUAAAGCAAGGACCGGGCCUUAAAUGCACACGGAGCCUCACUGCUGAUGACUGAUGUACUGUUUCUGGUUAUUUCACAAAGAGAUCAGAAGAGAAGGAGGUGAAUAUUAGAGAAGUUCCUCUACAGCAGUGCUGAGCGCACAGUCUCUUUUCUGCUGACAAAGGACCUGCAGCUACUAGUCACUGUGUGAGUGUGUGAGAGAGAGAGAGUGUGUGUGCCUGUUUAAAAGUGACAACACAUGCAGGGGACUUUCAUGCUUGCCUAUGCACUGCGCAUUGAUUGGUGUUUCAGUUUGUCUCACGCAGAAUGACAUCAGUGGCCGUAUGUGUAUGUAAACUACCAAACUGUUCAUCGGCAGAGUCGUCAUUCUAGUUGUCAUUUUUCAGAUAGAGAAAAAUGGCAACAAUCACAAUCAGCCAGAAGUUGGUGUUUCUCACUGGGUUCAUUCUGCAAAGAUUCACUGAUUUUUAUUCGUCUUCCAUCUUUAGUAGUGCCUUUAUUUCUCCAACAUGAAGAAAGUCUCAAAUGCACAAAAAGUCUGGUCUUUGUCCAGGCUGGUAAGUUCAAGACAGUUCGGGGUCAUUUUGAAGGAAAAGUCUGUAAUUUUGUUGCUGUCAACAGCUCCCAAGACCAAAACCGCCGUGCACUGAUGCUACUAACAGGUAUUGUCUGUGUGGCGAAAGCUCAAUGCAGCUUAUUCCUCUGUGUCCUAGACCUCUAUUGUUGUCCAACAGCUGUUAAAAACACAUCAGUGAGCCGCACUGAAUAAUAUGCUCGUUCAUUACUGCAGGGAUGCCUGUAUUUUCUGUACAGCACCUGUGAAGCACCUUGUUUACUUCCCAACUUCCUUAGUUUUAUUCCAAGGGGUCAUUGAGUUUAGUGCCAUCGACAGGGCUGGGGAAGUAAGAAAGAUUUUCAAGGGAAUCAGUGACAACAAGAAAAAUUAAAAGAAAUAUCAGCCUCAGACUUUGAAAUAGAAUAAUAAUAGUGCUAUAUGUAUUGGUUGUAAGUCAGAUUUAGAUUUUUUUAAUGCCGUUCGAAAGAUAAUCAUUUUGAUUCGUCCCAGUUCAUUUUGUGUCUAAACUUUUAUACUCUGACAGAAACAUAUUGUGUAUAUUUCUUAAUAAAUGUUUUAAACUCUG